UCCAACAUCUUGAGACAUAUUGCUGAUUCUUCUUCCAUACUUCGCAAUACAAAGGACAGUCAGCCCACUGAUGAGGACCAGCAAAGUGGAACUCAGUAGAGACAGGAGUGGACAACUCAAAGCAGAGUUACAAGUAUAUCAUCAGAGGCACAAAGCUCAGGUGCUCAUGAUAUAUUCCACAAGCCCUUCGAUUUGCCUAAAAAGAAAACGAUAUGAGAUGAUUCCAAAUCAUCGAACUUCUGUUCCCGUGCAACCAAAUAAGCUUCAUCAUUGUAGAUUGACCAACCGAGUCCGGAAAGGGUUGGGAGAAAAAGAACGAGCUUUCCAUGUGACGAGCCUCUUUUUCCUGUACAGAACAGUAGGGGGCUGUUCCCACCGGUCAGAGCGACAAGGAGAUGCAAGCCAUAAAUCUGUGCCACCGGGGUCUCAGUUCUCAUCGGAAUGGAAACUAUCUUGGGAUCUGCAAACGUACUACUUUUCUUCGGCAUCACCCCGCUUUACGUAACUCCGAAAAGGAGACCGCCGAGUGUCGACAACAGGCACGAAGAAAGCCUCCUUUCCCGGGAUGGGUUCGUAAUGAGCCAUCAAUAAUGACGAUGGUGAUGACAAGAAGAAAUGGGGCCUCGGCGAGUUCUAUAUUGUUUACGUAGCAAAAGGAGAUGAGGCAUAGGAAGAACAUUCAUGUGCUCUUGUUUUACGUCUGCUGAAGAAUAGUACGAAACCAAAUAGCAACAUACGUUCGACGUAGACGUCGUCUCUAUCUCCAUCUAACGAUUCCUCCUUCAAAGCGUUCAUAUGUGGAACAGAAGUUUACAUCAGAUGAAAGGACGAGUGCGUGCUACUGUCACCUGAACUGCUCGCAGCAGCAGUUCCACCAUCGAGUCCAAAGCGAGGCUUGCUGCUACCGAAGCACCACAUGGGCACACUGCAAACUGGUCCCGGGGCCUGCGAGUUCAUGUUGCAUGUCCACCACCGUCUCCUGCUUUUGCUCAUGGCCUCGAUUCAUUGGUUUUGCUUUCCACAGUGGAGUGUGAUCCUCUCUGCAUGGAUUUACGUGGGCGGAAAAUGCCAGCUAUCUUGACUGCUUUCUUUUCUUUUCCUUCUCCGAUUCUUGGCUGUUUCCAAGAAGAGGAUGGAAGGGGAAAGAAUGGAAGAAAGUGGACGAGUAGGCUGGUCAUUUUCACUGGAAACCCGGAACUCUGUCAUGCAGCUUUAUGCCUGCUCUCCUGACGCAUGGAAUCUCCGUCGUCCCUGCGUGUAGAUUUCCUUUCAGGUGCCCAUCUCAGGCUGUAAGUGCUCCCAGGCUCACAUGAUUCAUGGGGCAGCGGUCGUGCCCUUCUCAGCUCUCAAUCGUACUCGGAAGAUCUGCGUAGCUGCUGGUACCACCUGAAGUUAAUUUGGAUGUGGUUGUCAUCUGCAGCGUCAGAGACUCUUCUUGUCCUGAGACUAGCAAUUAAGGCAGCGGUUCCGUUCUUGCCUUCUUCCUGUCAUCUGGGUGAAGCGUGAAGCAGAAGAUUUUACGGCAAAUGAUAGGUGGAGAUCUUUUAUCUUCACCUGACAAGGUGGAUGAUGGUGUCUAUCCGAUGUAUUUUGGCGUCGCGUGCUCUUUCCUUGCUCUUCGACUCAUGUCGAGGACCAGAGAGCUCCGGUUGGAGCACGUCAGGUGGUCGAUCGUCGGAGAAAUGAUGCUCAAAGGGAGCGCCCAGUUGUUGGGAUUGCUCGUGGAGAGAGCUCAAAGGAAGGGAGAGGCGUUGGAGGCGAAGCUAAGGGAAGCCGGAUCGGAAGUCGCAGAGCUGAAGCGGAGGAGGACCGAAGACGCAAAGGCCAACGAGAAGGUAGUCAGCAUCUUCGCCGCUCGUGAACAUAGCUGGGUUGCCGAGAGGAAGAGCCUCCGGCAUCAGAUCCAAGCGCAGCUCGGUGAGAUGUGCGUCCUCAGGUCGAGCAAUGAAGAGGCCGUCUCGAAUCUAAAGAAGAGACUCGAGGAGGAGGAGAGACUGGUGGUGACUAUGAAGGAGUCAUUGGAGGAAGAAGCAAAGAGAAGAAAAGAUUUGGAGAUGAAGUUGAAAUUGGCUGAACAAGCGGCAGAAGAAUUGAGCGAGAGGCUUAAGAAGGAAGCACAGGCCCACUCGGAGGAACUCUGGAAGCAUAAAGCCACCUUGAUGGAGCUUCUAUCGAACCAAUGCCGAAUGGAAUCCGAGAUGGGCCACGCCCUCGGACAAGUUGAGGUGGCAAAGGAGAAGCUCAAGGGGGCAAUUCAACAAAAGGAAGAAGCCGAUGCAAUGGUUGAGAAGCUCUCUGGGGAUGUCGCGAAGAUCCAAAAGGACCGCGAGCAGAAAGACAAAAUCUUAUCCGCGAUGCUAAGGAAAUCUAAGCUUGACACAGCAGAGAGGCAGAUGCUGCUAAGAGAGGUCAAGGCAUUGAGAGCAAAGCAGAAACAGGCCGAAGUAGAGAUGGAGAGGUGGAGAAAAACGUGGGAAUCGAAGCACAAGAGGAGCUCGAGAGCUUUGCGGUCUGUGGAGGCAGGGUGCUCUCAAGAACGAAGGGCGCGGCUGCAGCUGGAGAGUAGGCUACAUAACCCCAAGAAUCUUCUGAUGGAGUACUUGGAAGCUGAGAGCAGGAGAGAUCACUCCUCUUCGACUUGCAAGAGUUUGGAUCUUUACUCAACUGACAGAAAUGAUGAAACUGAGAUUCUUGAGGACGAGUUCCAACAGCUACAAGACUGGGUUCGAACCGGAACCGAGAAGUACGCAGCCAUCCUCGAGCAAAGACAUCAUGCAGAGAUGGAAGCUUUCACAGAACAGAUGAGGCAAACGGACGAGAAGCUUGAAGCUCUGCAACGUCAGAUGUUGAGCAAGGAGCUGGAGACGAAGAUGCUCCAGUCUCACAUCGAAGGAGUCGAUGGGAAUCUAUCCCACCUCAGGGAGGAAAACAUCAGAUUGGAAGCCAAGCUGUUGGAUAAGGAAAAGGAGGCGAAGCGAUUGAAGGAGCAACUCAGCUUCCUUCUUCAGCAGUACCAGAAGAGCAACCAACACUGUUCUCCCAGUCCCGAAGCUGGUCAACAAAAGAUCAAAGAAAGGAAGUCAAGGGAGAAGGAGAAGGAUUCAAAGGCCCACAAAUCGGACGCAAAAACACCGGAGAAGAAUAGUCUGAUGCAGUUGGAAUCAAGUAAAGACAGUGGAAUUAACACCAGUACUAAUUCUACUAGCUCACCGUCACAAACCAGUCAUGUUCAGGAACAUGACAGACACCGCACCGGUAAACUAUCUGCAGAACAGCCAGAAAGAGUGAAGGAGAAUCCACUGCAGGAGCAAACUGAGAUCAAAGAAGUGAAGGAUGUAGGUGUGGAUCCAGGUAUUGCUAACGAGGCAAACAGCUCCCAAGGAGAUGCUGCAAUUUCCGACGAGUUGUCAUCCACCAAACCAUCGAUUGCAAAGGAGGAAUCUUCCUGGAAGACAGAUAUCCAUGCUCUUGGAGUGUCCUACAACAUCAGAAGGCUGAAGCAGCAGCUACUUGUUCUCGAGAAGUUGGCUGGAUUACUGGCAAGCAAACAGUUGACAGCCAUGGAUGCUCUAAGUGUUGGAUCUAAUGACAGAAAGAUCGAUGAGAACGAGCAAAAGAUGAAGGGGUUCUCCCUGACGAAAUCUUUGCUCAACAAACAAGUGAAAAGAUAUCAGUCACUCGAAGAGAAGACCGAUGAUUUGUGCAGGAGAAUGCAUGACACCUACAGAUCAGGGAGCAGAAGAGACUCACAAGGUAGCAGGACAAGGGAACAAACCGAAACGCUCAAGUGCUACCUAGAAGAGACAUUUGAGCUACAUAAGUAUAUUGUGGCGACAGGACAAAGGUUCAUGGAGAUACAGUCAAAGAUCAACUCUAGCUUUUCUGGAUCUGAUGCGCAUGACAAAUCUAUAGGCUUCAACUUGAGGCAAUUCGCAGACAUCAUAAGAACCAUAUUUAGGCAAGUACAGAAAGGUUUGGAGGUGCGAGUUGCCCGAAUAAUAGGUGAUCUUGAGGGGAAGCUGGCAUGUGACAGCAUUCUUCGGAGGUGAACAGCCAGCAAUGGACAUGAGAGACAUGAAGAUGAACCAAAACAUCACUCUUUUGUUUGCUCUUUUCUUUCCUUUUUGCUGCUCAAAGAUGCGCAUCAUUUGAUGUUCUACUGUUGGGAGCAUGAGAAGUAGAGGUUUGAGUAAAUUGCCUACUUAAUGAUGUUUACGGCAUCGCCAUUAAUCUGAGGAUGGAUGGCAAGCAAUCGAAUUAGAAGCGAGUGUAG